AGGAAGCCGUCUGGAGCAUCUGGAGCGCGUGCAGCGUCCGCUGCGGCAUCGGCGUCAGGACGCGGACGCAGUACUGCGUCGGCACGUCCCGCUACGCCUGCAUCGAUCGCCUGACGCGACGCAACAAGUUCGAACGUGGUAUCUGGAAGAACAGCUGUUCCUAUGGCGACAGCGCCGUCGUCGUCUGCCUGACUUUCGGACUCAAGCAGACGUCGGCGUCCUGCAUCUUCACGGAGGUCGUGUCGCAUGCUUUGGUCGCAAGCGAGUUCUACUCAUACUGGGACAGCGACUGUCCCGCCGGUCACGUUCGCUACAUUGACUGCUUCGGCAUGCGACAGAAAGACGGGACGUGCCGACCGAACGGUCGCUACGGCGGCUGGACCGACUGGCGCAACCUAUCGGCGGAAUUCUCGACCUGCAUGUGCGAGCGUGGCGCCCCCCUCACUGGUAUCGCUGACGUCGACGUUAACACAACAGCGACCAGCGUCGUAGACGACUCGCCUGUGCCCGUCAGCAGGUAUAGGUUCUGUACGAGUCCUCCACCGCUGCCGCAUCCACUCAUGAAAAAGCUAUACUGCCAGGGUUCAAUGUUUGCUGAGGGUGUGGGAUGCGAGGCUCUGCUGUGUAAUGGAACCAACUGCAACGACCUGCACUACAAGGUGCGUGGGGGUGCUACCGACUAG